CGAUGUGAUUGCGAGCCCGAAGAAAGCGGCGGCCCGGGACGGUGGGGGCAUCGUCAGGCCGAUGAAACAAUAACUACAGACAAACCUCUUGGAAUCUGCAUACAAGAUGUAACUUCGUGAGGAUCUAUUGGAGCCGGUGACUGAGCAUCACGUCUUCAAGUGAAGUCUGCACUAGUUGCCUGAGUAAAUGUUCUGGCUAAUUUUCAACCACAGAUAGUAUGACAGUGAGAAGAUAAAAGGAAAUGUUGCAGCCAUAUUGGACACCAUCACCAGUCACACAGAAGCAAAUCUUUCGAGGAACUAAAAUAACAAUAACUGUAGGAUCAAGAACAACAUGGCUGGUGGCAGCUGUCCCAAGGACAAUGUUUCUGAGAAACAGGAUGAAUCCGUUCAGAGUCUGGAAAGAAACAGUUUGAAACAAAAUUUCAAAUCACAAUGUAAUGAAGCAAAAAAGACAAGCAAGUCGUCUGAGUCAUGGAUGACGAGAGAGGUAAAACUGUACAAGUCUCAAGGGAUUGCACCAGAGAUAAAUUACGAUCGACUGAAAAACUGCAAACUCCUUGUGGAGAAAGCAAUUAAGCUGAAAAAGAUAUUUACCAUCUUUGGGCCAUAUCCAGUGAUCAGACAAUGUCUGCGCAACAGAGGCUGGCUAGAGAAGAGAAUGCCCAAACCACCAAAGAGCCUUCAGAAAAAGGAGAAGAUAAUCUUUAAUGAAAAUGAUGUAGAUGAUGGAGUUGGUGAUUCUGAUGGGUGUGAUUCUGAUGAGAAAACGGGUGAUGAAAAAGACCUCUCUGAUGAUCCAGAUAACAUUCAUGACAUUGUGUCUCGACUAUUGAAAAAUGAAAUGCCGUAUUUUCUCUGGACAAAUGGAGUUGAUGGAUAUAACCUGCAAAAAGAUCAGAUUUUCAACCAUUUUUCGGGGGCUGGUUCCUUCACCACAAAGGCUGGACUUUGUGUAAAUCUCAGGAACUUUCUAUGGUUUAGUGGGGUGAAUCCAGACAGUUUUUUCCCAAGAUGUUACAGAAUUGCAGUGGAAGAGGAGAAGCAAUCUUUCAUUGAGGAUUUCAGGCUGACUGCAGCCCGAAGUAUUCUGAAGUGGGUUGUACAGCUGAAGAAAGCCGAUCAUUGUUUGCAAAAGGACCAAGAAAACAGAGAGGGAGGAAGGCAAAAGAAAGGAAAUUAUAGGCCAGUUAUUGUUUCUGUUAAGCUUAUUGAGACAGCACUCCGUGCCUGUGAAGAGUAUUUAAACACCAUGGAUCACAAAGAUAUUGAUGUGAGUCUAGACACGCCACCAGCAGUAACAGAAAAGUGCUGGGAAGAGACUAUCCAGCAGUACUACCAGGUCAUCCAUCAGGGAGCAACAAUCCAAAAUUGGAGUAUUUAUGCCAAGUUGUGUGAAAGUAUGCUGCAGCAGCUACAGAAGGUGAACGCACAGCUGCAAAUGGAAGGAAUGCGUAAUAUCUGGAUAGUGAAACCUGGAGCUCAGUCUCGUGGCAGAGGGAUCACUUGCAUGGACCGAUUGGAGCAGAUCAUGAAACUAGUUUACGGCCAGCCAACUUUCAUUGCAGAUGGCAAAUGGGUAGUGCAGAAAUACAUUGAACAUCCACUGCUUAUUUAUGGGACAAAAUUUGACAUGCGCCAGUGGUUCCUAGUAACAGACUGGAAUCCUGUGACUAUCUGGUUCUAUAAGGACUGUUACCUGCGCUUUUCAACCCAAGCAUUCUCCUUGGAGCAUCUGGACACAUCAAUUCACUUGUGUAAUAACUCAAUCCAAAAACAUUAUGUGGCCUCCUCCAGUCGCCACCCUUUAGUUCCUAAAGAUAACAUGUGGUCCAGUAACCAGUUCAAGGAAUAUUUGAAUCAAUGUGGUUUUACAAACACCUGGGAGGAUAUCAUCUCCCCUGGCAUGAAGAAGGCAAUUAUAAAUACCAUGCAGAUUAUGCAGGACAUUGUGAAACCUCGGAAAAACAGUUUUGAAUUGUAUGGAGCUGAUUUCCUGUUAGGGGAGGACUUCAACCCAUGGCUGAUUGAAAUUAAUUGUAGCCCCACCAUGUCGGCCUCAACACCAGUGACAGCAGCAUUGUGCAGCAGAGUCCAAGAGGACACUAUUAAAGUUGUUAUCGAUCGCAAGUUUGAGAAGACGUGUGGCACAGGACAGUUUGAGCUGUUGUAUAAACAGAAUACAGCAAACAUCCCUCUAUACCUAGGAAUAAAUUUGCUGGUUGAAGGAUCAGGCAUCAAGAAGCCGCCCGUAUUUACUCAGAGCUCUGGGAUACACAAAAACUUCCAGGUCUGUCAAGCUCUGCAAAAAUCUAAUACUGCCAGAGUACAGAUCGGCCAAAGUUCCAUGAAUUAUCAUGGAGCCAGUUCAGCCAAUACUGGAAAUGUCAAAAAUAAAGAUGUUUCAAAAGUCGUCAUCAAUCCAAGCAAACCAAAAUGUUCAUUAACUGACCGAAAACAUGAAUUUUCAGAUCAUCCUAUUUCUCCUAACAAUUUCAUGAAUGCAAGGAAUUCUUUUAUUCUUUUCAAUUCUGGCAAUGGAGAAAGUCCUGUAAUUCCCAAUCAUAACACUGUUGCAAAAGUUCCAUUGAAACUCACACAUUCCUGCAAUGUAAAAUACCCCAAUAAUUCCAAUAGUGCAAACCAUUGCAUAAUUCCCCAGAAUCCCAACGAUGCUAAAAAUUUAUCUCCCAAGAAUUCCAGUGUUGCCAAACAUACAUCGAUCUUUGUUAAUUCUGACAAUGCAGAGGAUAAUACUAAUUCCAGCAAUACAAAAGAUACAAUAAAUGUUACCAGUUCCAGUAUCACAAAUGAUGAAUUGAAUUCCAAAAAUUACACUGCUGCAAACAGUUCUGUUGAUGAUAAUACUUCCAGAAUUGCAGGAAAAGCAUCAAAUUCCACCGAUCAUGUUGAUACAGACAGUCAGUUACAAGCCAUUAAACCAAGCAUUACAAACAAUUCUCCAUUUCCCAUUCAGACCAGCAAAACCAAAUACCUUAUCAAUUCUAAUAAUUCUAGUCAUGCAGGUAAUAUAGCUCCCAAACAUAUUAAUUCAAAGAUGCCCAACACUUCUCAGGAUUCCAACAAUAUCCUCCAAGAUUACAGCAGACCCAAUCAUAGUAGCAAAGGGAAAACUCACAACAAUUCCAAACACAAUGGUAAGACAAAGAAUUUGCAUGUUUCCAAACAUUUCUGCAAAACAAGAAAUUACAAUAAGAUGACAAGUGUUUUAAGCAAUCAUAGUGUUCUGAGCUCAAGUGUUGCCAAGGCUUGGGAUGACUUGGAGGAAAUGAGAAAUAACAUUGUCGACGCAACUCAGGGUGGUAAAACUGAAAACAAUACCAAACUUCACUUUGCUGACAAAGUGGAACAGCAAUAUGAAAUGCCAAAGCUGAGCAAGACAGGCGGAAACAGAGGGUCUGAAAAGCACCAUUUGCCAACAAAGACCACAGUCUCACAAGUGAACACAUCUGUGAACCACUCCCUCUUUCCUGGUCAACAGUUACACAGAGACCGCCUCCGGGUAAAGUUGAAAUAUUUAAACUUAGACCUGUUGGACCUGAAAGAUAAGAAACACUCGAGAGCUUCAACUACUGCAGAUGCAAACAAAAUCAGAGCUCUCCAUGAAAAGUCUAUCCCAUUGCGUUACUCAUACAAUACAUCACGGUCACAAUCAGAGGACACUAAUAUUCCACAGCUUCAUAUUACUGGCCUACAGACUCAUUUUAAAGCUUCAAGUGACAACAGCAAAAAGUACAUUGAGACCCAACAGAAUACAACCAUCAAUCUAAUGAACAGGCAUCUGCUAACAAGUUAUUUUCCACUCUUUCAGUAA